AUGCCGCCUCGCAAAUCCACAUCAUCGGUCACACCUGCCGAUCCAGAUGACUCGAUACUUCAGCAUUCAUCGCCCGCGCCACAGCCUGACAAGCCCGUCUAUGCGACAGAGCAGCAGUUGAAGGCUCGUGCCGAGGCGGGCGCCAGCAUCGAGGACUAUCUCCUCCCUCGAUCAUUGACACUUCGUCUCGCCAAGUCGGUGCUGCCACCUAAUACAACAGUCCAGAAGGAUGCCGUACUGGCCAUGCAAAAAGCUGCUACGGUCUUUGUCUCCUACCUUUCUUCACAAGCCAACGAUGGAACCCUGAAACGCACGAUUGCCCCAGCAGACGUCUUCAACGCCCUUUCAGAGCUGGAACUGGACUCUUUCCGCGGCAGACUUGAACAAGAACUCGAAGCCUACACCGAAAUCAAAGCCGGGAAGCGCAAGCCCAAGAAGGCUGAUGCCAAUGGCUCUGCGCCAGAUGCGGCGGAUGGUACAAUUGAAGCAGAUGGCGAUGUCGAGAUGCUCGAUAAUCCCGCCAAAAAGGUGAAGCGCGAUGAGGAGGGACAGACUAGUGCACCUGCUGGCGGUGAAGAAGAUGGUGAUGAGACACAGGAGGAUGAAGUCGAGGAAGAAGACGAAGAGGAGGAAGAUGAAGAGGCCGAGGAAGAGGAGCAUGAUCAUGGUCCACGAGAGGAUGAUCUUGAGGUAGUUGAGGAUUUGGACCGGGAGCCUGGGGCCAAGAAGGGGCCCUAUGACCCUGAUGCUGAAGACACUGAUGAGGAUGAUGAUGGACCUGGUAGUCAGCUUCGGGAGAACCUUGGCGUGGGUUCAAAUUGA